GACGGGGUUUCACCAUGUUGGCCAGGCUGGUCUUGAACUCCUGACCUCGUGAUCUGCCCACCUUGGCCUCCAAAGUGCUGGGAUUACAGGCAUGAGCCACCGAGCCCGGCUGAGUUAACUUCUUCUUCUUCUUUUUUUUUUUUUGAGACAAAGUUUCGCACUGUGGCCCAGGCUGCAGUGCGAUGGUGUGAUCUUGCCUCACUGCAACCUCCGUUUCCCAGGUUCAAGCGAUUCUCUUGCCUCAGCCUCCCAAGUAGCUGGGAUUACAGGCGCCCACCACCGUGGCUGGCUAAUUUUUUGUAUUUUUAGUAGAGACAGGGUUUCACUAUGUUGGCCAGGAUGGUCUUGAACUCCUGACCUCGUGAUCUGCCCAUCUUGGCCUCCCAAAAUGCUGGGAUUACAGGCAUGAGCCACUGCACCUGGCUGGUAACUUUUUUUUUUGAGACGGAGUCUCACUCUGUUGCCCAGGCUGGAGUGCAGUGGUGUGAUCUCGGCUCACUGCAACCUGUCUCCCAGGCUCAAGCCAUUCUCCUGAAUCAGCCUCCCAAGUAGCUGGGAUUACAGAUCUAUGACCCCAUGCCUGGCUAAUUUUGCAUUUUUAGUGGAGACGGGGUUUCACCAUGUUGGUCAGGCUGGUCUCAAACUCCAGGUGACCUGCCUGCCUCGGCCUCUCUAAGUGCUAGGAUUAUAGGCGUGAGCCGUCACACCUGGCUGGAUCUAAGAUAACACUUUUUUUUUUUUUUUUUUUUGAGAUGGAGUCUUGCUUUGUCACCCAAGCUGGAGUGCAGUGGCACAAUCUCGGCUCACUGCAACCUCUGCCACCUGGGUUCAAGUGAUUCUUUUGCCUCAGCCUCCUGAAUAGCUGGGACUACAGGUGUGUGCCACCACACCUGGCUGUUUUUUUUUUAUUUUUUUAUUUUUAGUGGAGACAGGGUUUCACCAUAUUGGCCAGGCUGGUCUUGAACUCCUGACCUCGUGAUCAGCCCGCUUCAGCCUCCCAAAGUGCUGCGAUUACAAGCAUGAACCACCGCGCCUGGCCUAAGAGAACUUUUAAAGGCUGACUCACACACAAAGUAAUAAACUAGAUUAUUUCCUGAUUUAUGCUUUCCCUUUGCCAAAUUUUGGCUUGUCCUUGUCCUUAAUUUGCCUAAUUCUUUGAUUACCAGUCCAAAGAUGACAUCUUCUAAGUAGUGAUAAGCACUUUUACUCUGCCCUUUCAAAUCAUAACAAUCCAUGCACUGCAGAUGAUUUCGCCAUUUCUUACGUAAUGUGAGGCAAAUCCUAGAGUACAAUUUCCUAGCAGGCAUUUGGAUCUUACCCAUCUUUAUUUCUCAGGCUCCACAAAUUGAGUACCCGUUCAGGGUGCUAUCAUUAGCUCUGGCCUACUAAUGAAGAAACAAAAGGCCUCCAUGUUAGGACAUUUGAGGACCUGUCCUUAGUACCUAACAGUGUCUGGCACAUUUUAAAUGGGAAGGUGGAAGGGGCCGUCUUUUUUUUUUUUUUUUUUUUUUAAGAUGGAAUUUCGCUCUUUUGCCCAGGCUGGAGUGAAGUGGCUUGAUCUCGGCUCACUGCAACCUCUGCCCCCUGGGUUCAAGCGAUUCUCCUGCCUCAGUCUCCCAAGUAGCUGGGGAUGCCCAACACUACGCCCGGCUAAUUUUCGUAGUUUUAGUAAAGACGGGGUUUCACCAUGUUGGCUAGGCUGGUCUCGAACUCCUGACCUCGUGAUCCACUCACCGCGGCUUCCCAAAGUGCUAGGAUUACAGGAGUGAGCCACCGCGCCCGGCCGGGACUCUUACUUACGCUUUGCAAAUUCUUGUAAUUGUGUGAAAUUUUUUUCUGGGAAAAAAAAGCACUCAUUUGAUUGGUCUAAGGGGAAAAAAUGGGGCUAGCCCAAGAGUCACCCACUUAGGCAGUUCUACACAGUGCUAAGCAAUGUGCCUUAACAGGGGGCACGUGCACCCUGGGAAAACUCAAGAGAAAAUUAGCCGGACGUGGUGAGCUCCUGUGGUCCCAUCUACUGGGGAGGCGGAGGUUGCAGCGAGCCGAGAUCGCACUACUGCACUCCAGCCUGGGUGACAGAGCAAGACCUUGCCUCAAAAGAUAAAAAUAAAAAAUAAAACUCAGAGGGCACGUCUCCUAGGACACGGGGACAAGCUAGGUGGGGGCACAAGUCGUGAGAAUUGGCGAGCAUGGCCCGGGUAUGUCCAGCCGGGGCUGCCAUCUUGUUUUUUGAAACAGGAUCUCGCUCUGUCGCCCAGGUUGGGGUGCAGGGGCGCACUGCCGCCUGGAACUCCUUGACUCAAGCGAUCUUUCCGCCUCAGCUUCCCGAGGAGCUAGGACCACUGGGCGCGAGAUACCAUGCCCGGUUAAUUUUUUUUUUCUUUUGAAGAGAUUGCGAGGGGGCGGGGGGGAUGGUGUCUCGCUUUGUUGCCCAGGCUGAUCUCGAACUCUUGGACUCAAGCGAUCCGCCCGCCAAGGCCUCCCAAAGCGCCAGGGUUACAGGCAUGAGCCACCGCGCCCAGCCGGGGGCCGGUCAUCUUCUCCGGGGCCUUAUGCAGAGUCCGCUGCAUAAGGCCCCGAGCCCGCUGCCGAAGACGGAACUCCAAGACUGAAGCUCGUAAAGCGCCCAGCCGCACCUCUCGCCGGAAGCGGCUCGAACUCGGGGCCGGAAGUGACUCCAUUUCUGUGCGCCGAGCUCCGCCCCACGAGCACCUGUUUCCGAGCGGAGAGCGCGCGCUGUUUCCUCCCCUGGUGUCCUAUCGCGGCUUGGGACCCGGCAAGAUGGGCAAGAAGGGCAAGAAGGAGAAGAAGGGCCGCGGCGCGGAGAAGACGGCCGCCAAGAUGGAGAAGAAGGUGUCUAAGCGCUCGCGGAAGGAGGAGGAAGACCUGGAAGCGCUUAUAGCCCAUUUCCAGACACUCGAUGCCAAGAGGACUCAGACUGUGGAAGCUCCGUGCCCCCCACCCUCACCAAGGUUAAAUGCCUCCCUGUCGGUUCAUCCUGAGAAAGAUGAGUUAAUCCUUUUUGGAGGUGAAUAUUUCAACGGCCAAAAAACUUUUUUGUAUAACGAGCUCUAUGUCUACAAUAUCAGAAAGGACACCUGGACCAAAGUUGACAUCCCCAGUCCACCUCCGAGGCGCUCUGCUCACCAGGCGGUGGUAGUGCCUCAAGGUGGUGGACAGCUGUGGGUCUUUGGAGGGGAGUUUGCCUCUCCCAACGGAGAGCAGUUCUACCACUACAAGGAUCUCUGGGUCCUGCAUUUGGCCACCAAGACCUGGGAACAAGUCAAAUCAACAGGCGGUCCUUCGGGUCGGAGUGGACAUCGGAUGGUGGCCUGGAAGAGACAAUUGAUCCUUUUCGGUGGCUUCCAUGAGAGUACACGGGAUUACAUCUACUACAACGAUGUGUAUGCCUUUAACCUGGACACCUUCACAUGGAGCAGGCUGUCCCCAUCAGGGACGGGGCCCACACCCAGAUCAGGCUGCCAGAUGUCCGUCACUCCCCAGGGCGGCAUCAUCAUCUACGGGGGCUACUCGAAACAGAGAGUUAAGAAAGACGUGGACAAGGGCACGCGGCACUCAGACAUGUUCCUGCUGAAGCUGGAGGACGGGAGAGAAGACAAGUGGGUGUGGACUCGGAUGAACCCUUUGGGGGUCAAGCCCACUCCACGGUCUGGCUUUUCCGUGGCCAUGGCCCCGAAUCACCAGACACUGUUCUUCGGGGGCGUCUGUGACGAGGAAGAGGAGGAGAGCCUGGCGGGCGAGUUCUUCAACGAUCUGUUCUUCUAUGAUGCCACCAGGAACCGUUGGUUUGAGGGACAGCUGAAGGGACCCAAGUCUGAAAAGAAGAAAUGCAGGCGGGGCAGAAAAGAGGAGCCCGAAGGUGGUAGCAAGCCGUUGUGUGGGGGAGCUGGCACCCAGGGGCCUGUGCAGGUGGUCAAGGAGGUGGUGGCUGAGGAUGGCACCGUGGUCACCAUUAAGCAGGUGCUCGCCGCCCCAGGCUCGGCGGGGCAGCCCCGGUCUGAGGACGAAGACAGCCCCGAGGAGGCCGGCAGCUCCGCACCCGGGCCGUGUCCACGCUCCAACGCCAUGCUGGCCGUGAAGCAUGGGGUGCUCUACGUCUAUGGGGGCAUGUUUGAGGCCGGUGACCGCCAGGUCACCCUCAGCGACCUGCACUGCCUGGACUUGCACAGGAUGGAGGCGUGGAAGGCCUUGGUGGAGAUGGACCCAGAAACUCAGGAGUGGCUGGAGGAGACGGACUCGGAAGACGACAGUGAGGAGGCUGAGGGUGCCGAGGGUGGAGACGAGGACGAGGACGAGGACGAAGACAGCGGAGAGGAGAGCGGUGCGGAGGACUGAGAAGAGCCCCCGCUAGGGGCGCCUGGCACGUGCUAUUCCCACGUCCGCCCAGGACCCAGCCGUGUUGGGUGAAGCUCUUGGGGCCAGCCUGCGCCCUGACGCACAGGAGAGAGCUGAAGGUGGGUGGCCCAGGCCAGGCUGUGAACUUUCUCCCAUGGUUUAGUCUCUGACGCAGUGCUGGGCCGGAAGUUCAACUGAGUGCAGUGCAGGUGGAUUCCCUCAGCAGCCUGUGUGUUGUGUAAGAUAAAUUGGACUUGAAACAAGACCACCGCGGAGGUUGUCUUCUGUGUGGCCGUAGGCACACCGCAGUCUUCCUGGGGCUUCUGCCCCGGGCCAGGGCUGGGCCUAGGGCGAGACCACCCCACACUGGAGCGUGGAACCUUGGACACAAAGGACCCUCACGAAGCAGGUUUCUGCCCCUGAAGCCCCAGAAUAUGCUGUGCUUUGCGAGCCCUUCCUUCUACAAAACCAGAAGAGGGCCCUGACUGCCCAUCCAUCUUCACACUUGGGAUCAGCCUUUGAUGCCUGGAAACUGAAAAGCAGCCCAGGGCCAGUGCACACCUUCCCGGUUCUCAUUCAAGUGGAGCACCGCUGGCCGGCUGCACACGGGGGUCUCGUGGUGGGGGCUCCUCGUGCAGCCGCCUCACUCCUGGGAGCCCCCUGCCACCGCAUGGUCUCUGGGAGGCUGUGGUGGGACCAUCCCUGUCCCUGUCCCAGUCGGGUUUAGGGUAUAGGAUUAGCAUUUGCAAAGCGACGGGAAGGGAGGCCGGAGGGCAAGGGCUCCCAACGUCCCCACGUGGCUGCCACCAUGUGUCCCCAUCCAGCUCCUCCUGGCUCCAGCCUAAGGCUGUGGUGUGCUAACUCCCAACCUAGGCCUGCUCCAGUCCAAGACUGAAGGCCAAUUUGGAUUUGCAUAAUCGGGGUCAAAAGUUGAGCACUGAAACCACACCUGGUGCAGUUUUGUGUAUCUUAAAUAUUUUGAACAGUGGGAA